CUAAUACAAAAUUUUCCCGGGGGAAAGUAUCUCCACAUUCUAAACUUCAGUUCAAAUAUUGCAAACUAGGCAUUCACGCUUCAUCAAAUGGGUAAUCUAUAAAUUUACUCCUAUGAGAAAGCUCUUCAAAGUGGCAUGUAUUUUUUCCCUUGCAAGAAUUGCAUCACCAAGAAAAAUCUCUCGAUUUCUCUCUCCCUUUCAAUACAAUUCUUGUUAUUUUUCCCAAAAUUCCAUUUUGGCAAAUUCCCUUUUAUCCAUCAACACUCUUCCUACCAUUUUCCGUUGUUCGUCGCCUGUUCUUCUGCAUGUCUCUGCUCAAUAUGCCUCUGCCUGCCAAGCAUUUGACAAAAUGUCACAAAGGGUUGCUCAGUAUCCCCAAGUUUCCAACAUAAGCCAUGUGCUUGAACUCUUUAGGCUUGUUAGGGAGAAGCCAAGUUUUAUCAAUGCCAAAAUAGUACAUGCAUUAGUGAUCAAACUUGGUGCUCUUCGCCAUCUACCCACGGUUACUUCUCUGCUUAUGAUAUACUCAAGGGGUGGGAGUUUUAGCUCCUCAAUGGCUCUGUUUAGUGAAGUUGUUGAUAAGGAUGUGAUUGUUUCGAAUGCUAUCAUGACUGCUUGCAUUGAGAAUAAUCUAUUUGAGGCCGUAGUGAAUUUCUUUCUUGAAAUGGUUGAAGUAGGGAAUGAGUUUGAUUCUACCAGUCUUGUUAUUCUUCUUUCAGCCUUGAGCAAUAUGAAAGAUUUGAGACGGAGUAUGGGAGUUCACGCUUUGUGUGUGAAAGCAGGAACACUUUCAGAUUCCUUUUUGAGCAAUGCUCUUCUUGAUGUCUAUGCAAAGUGUAAUGAUUUGUACUCAUCUGAGAAUGUUUUCAGAGAAAUGGAGUUUAAAGAUACGGUUUCAUGGAACUCGAUCAUUAGUGGGUGUUUAUAUAAUGGUCACCCUAUGAUGUCCUUGUUGUAUUUCAAGCAGAUGGUCUCUAUUUCAGAACAAGUAGAUAGUGUGAGCCUUUCGUGUGCUAUUGCAGCAUCUUCUUGUUUAGAGGAGCUUACAAGUGGCCUAGCAAUUCAUGGAUUGGUUAUUAAGCUUGGCUAUGCAGAGAGAGGCCAUAUAUCUGUGGCGAACUCUCUCAUUUCAUUCUAUUCUCAAUAUGGAGAAGUUGAUGCUGCAAAAUAUGUCUUCGAGGAGAUGGAGUGUAAGGACGUGAUUACAUGGAAUUCAAUGAUUAAUGGGCUAGCUUUGAAUGAGGAGGUUAUUGAGUCAUUUAAUCAUCUGCAUAUAAUGCAGUUCAUAGAAUCUAUGAAGCCUGAAGCAACAACUCUGGUCUCCAUUAUUUCACUCGCAGCAGACUUCAUGUUACUAAGAGAAGGAAAAGCAGUUCAUGGUUACAUCAUUAGAAGAGGGAUGGAAUCCAGUUUAUCCAUGAUGAACUCUCUUCUAAACAUGUAUUUAAGUGGAAACAACGCCAAGAAAGCUGAACACUUACUCAGAACUAUGCCAGUUAAGGAUUUAGUCACUUGGAAUACUAUGAUCUCUGGGUACUCCCAAAACGGGUGCAAUAGAGAAGCUCAGACUUUAUUUAAGAAGCUUCAAGGCCAGCAUUUAAGCUGUAGCUUACCAACUCUUCUUGGGGUUCUCUCUUCUUGUGACGCCCCUCAGUUUCUCCAAUUCGGGAAAUCAAUACAUUGCUGGCAUGUAAAAUUGGGAUUUGAGAAUAAUAUUCUUGCAGUAAAUUCUUUGAUGUACAUGUAUAUUCAUUGUGGAGAUUUAGUAGCUUCUUUCGAAUUGCUGGGGGAAAUUUCAUUUACUGCUGAUGUUGAUAGUUGGAAUGCUGUGAUUUCUGGAUGCACACAGAACAACCACUUCGGGAUGGCUUUAGAGGCAUUCAACUUGAUGAGGCAAAUAUCGCGUGUCAACCAUGAUUCCAUUACUCUAGUCAGUGCCAUAUCAGCUUGUGGAUACCUUCAAUUGGUAAAUGAGGGAAAAUCGAUUCAUGGUCUAGCUCUUAAGACCUCAUCAGGUAAAGAUAUCCGUGUGCAAAAUGUCUUAAUUACUAUGUAUGCAAGAUUGGCUGACACUAUGAGUGCAAGCUUGGUUUUUAACCUUUGCCAUGACCGUAAUAUGUGUACGUGGAAUUGCAUGAUAUCUGCUUUAGCUCAGAAUAACAAAGCCAAAGAAGCAUUGGCACUAUUCCAUAGUUUCGAAUUUGAACCAGACGAGAUAAGUCUUGCUACCGUUCUCUCAAUUUGCACGCAACUUGGAAUAAUCAGGCAUGGAAAACAGAUCCACGGGCAUGUCCUCAGGUCUGGGUACUUCAAAAAUUCUGUAAUCUCUUCUGCUCUUGUUGAUAUGUAUAGCAGCUGUGGCAGGCUAGACAUUGCUCUUCUAGUUUUCGAGAAAUCACCUGAGAAAUCUAUUGCGGCUUGGAAUUCUGUGAUUGCGGCUUAUGGGUUACACAGCAAUGGUCGGAAAGCGAUUGAAGUAUUCACUGAACUCAUCGAGUCUGGAAUGAGCCCAACGAAAGCCACAUUCGUUAACCUGUUAACAGCUUGCAGUCAUUCAGGCCUCGUCGAUCAAGGCUGCUGGUAUUACGACCAUAUGUUAACUAGUUUCGGUGUGCAGCCUACCACUGAUCAUCACGUCUGCAUAGUCGAUAUGCUAGGCCGAUCAGGAAGGCUGCAGGAGGCUUAUAAUUUUGUCGAGGACAUGCUAAGCCAACCCGAAUCAGGCAUCUGGGGGGCUCUGCUAAGCGCGUGCAACUAUCAUGGCGAUCUCAAGCUGGGGAAAAAAGUGGCAGAUAUACUCUUUUCUUUAAAACCUGAGAAUGUGGGUUACUAUGUCUCCUUAUCAAAUAUGUAUGUUGCUACUGGGAGCUGGAAAGAAGCUGUGGAAUUGAGAGAUAUAGUUCAGAAUAAAAAGUUAGCAAAACCUGCUGCUUACAGUCUUAUUGAUGUAGGAUUGGGAUAGAAGACACUAAGGGUUGUUCAACUAUUCCAUUAAUUAUAAGCAGGAUUUAUUGAUACUUCUCCAUCUCCUCAAUUUGUACAAAAUCAUCAACUAUUGACUAAACAGUACAACAUAUCAGUCUGAAUCAAUCAAACAAACAACAUUACAUGACUAGAAACAAGAAAAUACCAAACUCAAAACAAACCACAGAAAUCACAAU